AUGUCGCCUCCGCUCCCCCCUUCAAAGCAAGGAACGACAUACAGUAGGAAGCCUCUCGCAGACAUUUCAAACAAACUUAUAUCUAAAUCUUCGCAAUCAAAGAAGAGCUAUCAUCCUCACGAAAACACAGACAGUGAUGAUUUAUCUUUCGAGUUGGGGACAUUUCAACAACUCAAGAAUUUUCCCACGGAUCUUCCUGACACGUCAAAUGAUCACAUAAGCUAUAUUGACGAGCUAAAUUCACUUUCUUUCUCUCAUUCUGAGGAUUCCUUGGAUAUGCUUCCUGAAAAAUAUCCUGCAAAACAGAUGACAAACACCAAUUCGCGGCAAAAGGUUAGCACACUGAAUCCCACAAAAAAAACUACGGCAAAUACACUAUCUUCGGUAACCUUCACAUCAAAUUCCAAGCCCCAAAAGCCAUACAGAGACCAGGAUUCCGGAUCUUCCGCUAUUGCCGAUUAUUUGCUUUUGAAGGCCAGAUUUGAAUCCCUUAGAACAAAAUACGACAUGCUACUGUCAGAGAGCCAGGAAAAAAUAUCCACACUGCAGGCGGAAAAGCUAGAAUAUGAACAGAAGGUCAAAGAUCAUGAUUCAAUUUUGAAGCACAAAAUUUCGCAACAGCAACAGGAAUUUUCUCGUCAGCAUAAGGAAACCUCGGAUGCCUUUGAACAAGAAAAAACUCGGUUGGAAGAGAAAAUUUCUGCCCUUCAAUCAGAGAAUUCUGCUCUUUCCCUAUCGCUAGAGGGCGAACGACAAGAAAACGCCACUCUUCAAUCGCAUCUCCAACAGUUAAGGAGUUCUUUGGCACAGCAUGAAGAAAAUGAGGUUAUUCUGAAAUCUGAAAUUUCUAGACUUGAAUCCAUUCCCACRUGGAAAACCCCGUCGUCAUCAUCAUCUAGAGUAUCUGAUCCUGGUAGCCUCCAUGCACAAAUCCGGGCCCUUGAGGAUGCGCUUACAGCAGAAAGGCACCUUUCCGCGGCAAAGCUUUCCGCUGUUCGCCAGGAGAAUGAAGAAGAGCAUGAGCAGAUCAUGCUAUUUGCAGAGGAGAAAAUACGCUCGGAUAUGCAUGCACAAUGGAAACGACGCCUCUCCCAGAUCAAGGAGUCGUGGUCGCUUAAAAAGCGCUCUCUUAUCAACAAGGUUACCAAGGCCUUUGAACGGAGACUGACCGAACUCUCUGCAGAAUGGGAGCGCGAAAAAAGCCUGCUUCUGGCCCGGUUACGAACAGGAAAGCCUUCUUCCGCCACAAGAUAUCAUCGGUCGUUUGAUCCUAGUGACUCCAUAGCUGAUGACGAUUUUUUUUCUGAUUCAUUCAAAAUAGACGGAGAGGAAAUAUUCGAGGACCGGGAUCAUUUACUUGGGGGGUUCAAAAGCACUGACCGUGAUCCUGGCUUUCGACGUGAGACAGGUUACCAGCAGCUAUUUAGGAGUCCAUUGCUGCGAAAGACACCACAUUUUAUGUCCAGGUCCAGGAUGCCCCCCUCAACUACAGAAUAA